CCAAGGAACAUAUCCAGGAAAUGAGGAAAGGCCUCGAUUCGCUCUUGCAGACGGCUGAGAAGGCGUUCACCGUGGAGCUGCUGAAGAUGCCGGCUGCCAUCAAGAAGAUUAGAAGAAAAGACCUGCUCGAUUUGCAAGGAAGGGAGGAAGUGGCUCUUGCUGCUGCAGUGACUGACUGCUCUCUAGAAGACAUACCAAAUCCAAAACUGGUGAGGACCAAUAGCAAAAAAGUUAAGGUAACAACAAUUGUGGAAUAUGAAGAUGCCAGGCAUAUUUCUGCGAAGAAAAUAUCUAAAAAAGUUUCCAAAACCAAGUCGUUGGUUUCAUUGGCCUCUGGUUUAAAUAGCAAACUGAACCCUAUUUCUAGAAGUGUUGUGUCGGUGUGCAGUGUGCCUGAAAGAUCAAAAACUCUUGCUUCUGAUUGCAGUGCCACGAAUUUGAAAGCCACGCCAAAGGUAUCUAAAAGGGCUGGGCUACAUCAGAGUGUCUCGGGAACGGUACCUGCCAGUGGAAGAGUUCAAGGCAUGCUACUGAGGCGGCAGUCGGUGCCCCAAGACAAAACCGUUCCGUUUGUAAACAUUCCCCUGGCUGACGGACAGACGCUCUGUACGGCUGGUGGAGACCUCCAUAACAUUGAUGUGCAACUCCUGAAUCAAGACACAGUACAGCAUAUUCAUAACUUGGUGAGCGAGCUGACUCUACUGUGUGGAAAGGCAUCAGCUAAAAAGAGUUAA